AUUUCAUCAAAUAUAGUUGGUCUUCCGGCAUUAGAUUUGGAAUCAUUCCUAGAUUUUGAGAAGCAAUUGAAAACUGACAUUGAGUUGAUAAAAAAAAUAAAAUGUUUCAUGGCGAUUAACAUCAAAUCUUCUGUGAAAUUAUCUAACAAUAUGACAGUUGUGAUCCCACAAAUCAUGUCAAAAAGUGUUCAAGUUAUGUAUAGUGCUUUUGGAAGGGAAACAAACGGAAUAAAGAAGUUAAAUUUCUCUGCAACAGAAACAUAUAAACACUUGCUAGAAGCACUUACUUCAAAAUUUUUGGAUCUAAAACAUAAAGAAAUUGCUAGCCAAUUGAGUCGCUGGUUUUCAGGUGCAAAGGAUAGGGAAGGCGGGAAAAAAGAAAGAUUGUAUAAAAAAAUUAAAAUGAGUGAAACUGUAUAAUAAUUGAAUGUUCAUUUUUUUUUCUU